CCGGGGAGCAGCGUAACCCGGGGCUCUGUGCGGGGCGUAGGGAUUGGUCUCUGAGGGAGCGGAUAAAGGCUGGGUAGGAGGGCGGAAGAAGCUGCCUGGAUUAGCUGUGCUGAACUGGCUGGGAAACUUGAGGGGACAGAGAGUUCAGGAUUGUGCCCUAAAGGUUUCUUAGGACACCACGUGCAGCCCGCGCCUGCCUUGUGGCUCUGGUACACUGGAGCAGCUUGGUAGUGGGAGAAUAGAUAAAAGUGCAAGGGGCAGGAUUGCAAACUAAUGGUCAGUUGACUACCUGCUCCUGAGAUAGUGCAGGAACUCACAGACCUGCAUUGCUGGAAGCACACUUCCCUGGCUGCCCCAUUCUCACCCGGAUGCUGUCAGAUUCCUCAGUGUUCUUAGAGUAAAUGGUGUUUCUGGUCCCCGUGUACUCUGUAGCCAGCAUUUAGUAAAGGCCUUGAGGUCUGAUUGUGUUCAUUUUCUCUGCCAGUUAAAGAAUUAAGAGGAAGAAUCUUUAGCCACAACAGGUGGCAUGUUGGAAAAUUCUGGAACACAACCGACAGAUCUGCCAGAACCCACGAAUAGAAUAUUGAAAAUCUUUGACUAGGGGUGAAGAAAGACAUGCAGUGGACACACAGACAGGAACCUCUACAAGGCAGGGCGGGAACUGAAGGAACUCACAACAUGUUUCACCUUAGGGCUGUGUUUUCUAAAACUUUUUUUUUUAUAGUUCUUUUUUUUUUUUUAAGAUUUAUUCAUUUAUUAUAUAUAAGUACACUGUAGCUGUCUUCAGAUACACCAGAAGAGGGCAUCGGAUCUCUUUACAGAUGGUUGUGAGCCACCAUAUGGUUGCUGGGAAUUGAACUCAGGACCUCUGGAAGAGUAGUAGGGUGCUCUUAACCGCUGAGCCAUCUCUUCAGCCCUAAAACUUUUGACAGGACCUCCAUCCCUAAACUGUGUAAAAUUAGAGUUGAGUAAUUUUAAGAACAGAGAGAAUGUCUGCUUAGCCCACGACGCUUCUGGUCAACAUGACAUUAUCAGGACUUGAGCUUGUUGAAAAAGUUUAUGAGCAGGGUACUAGAAGCCAGUGGAAAACUCACAUGAACUCUUUUGUGUCAGGUCAGCAGGCUGAGGGAGAAAUCACAGACCUGUGUGUAUUCAUGUGAUUGGAAGUAAACAGAACUGUGAUAGAAAAGAAACUUGAGCCUAUUCUGAGGCACAUCCCUGUCAUCUCUGCAUUUGUGAGGGGGGAAGGGUGACAUCCCCUGCAUCACAGCAAAUUCAAGAUCAAUGUAGGCUACUUCAGUCUGUGUCAGAAAACAUUUAAACAUACUUGGUGCACAUGAGAAAUACUUUCUGUGGUUCAUUUCAUGUUUUCCAGUAAGAGCCAUGGCAAAUCCCUGCAAUCAGCAAUUUGCUGACUUACAAACUACAUGUGCUUCCCUUCUGCUGACCCAUUCCUUGUGCAAUUUAAACUUUUUUUCCAUAGCAUACUCUUGUUAAAGACAUUACAUUUUGGUGAUUAAUUGUUUGCAUUUACUAUGUGAGGAAGAAUUGUCCUCUUUCCCUUGCUUGAAUAUUCUGCCUAUUUGCAGCAAAUUUCCACUCUUUUUGGAUAGUAGUUUGUGUUAGAUUCUGCCAUGACCUGAUGAUGCUUUCUUCUGGUCUUCCCUGAAUUCUUCCAGUUUCCUCCUCUCAUCUCUAAGCUGAGAGUCCAUCAUUUCUUCAUUUCCUUUGUACAGUUCUUGACUGAUGCAGGCUGCUGUGGUUUACAUCCCUGUGUCUUUUUCUAAAGCUGCAUCGCACAUGCCUUCCCGUGUCCCUGUCCCAGAGCUUCAGCUGUUUGCAGAUGCUGCUUCCAGUUACCAGGAACAAAACCACUUCCUCCACUGUCUCUCAUGCAUACUGCCAUCUCCAACCAGUAAAGCAAACUGCUAGUGUGGGACGCCUUCCUCUUGCACAGGUUGAAGCCCUGUUCCUCUUGGUGGGUUGUUCUCUGCCCUCCCAGGCUUCCUUCAUUGUAUGUUAGUAUGAGGGAAGGAGUUACUUGUCUUUACAGCUCAUGCAUGAAGCUUGCUGUGUUAGACAAAUCAUAUCUGGGAAACUGGAAAGGAGGUGUGAUUCAGAACUUGCUGAUAUAUAUGAAGAGAAAUUACAAAUGGUUUGAACAGUUGCCAAACACAUGUGCAAGUAAUAAACCUGAGCACUGCAGAUCCUUAUUGCAUUGUCAUUUUCUGUUACAAAAGAGUCUGCCUUCAUAGGAUCCUCCAUAGUCAUUUAAAACUAAGGUGACAUAUUAGAGUUAAAAGCUAUAUGUCUGCUUGCCUGGCCAACUCUUUCAUAUUCUAUAUUCCAUCGUCCUCUUCUUUCCGGGAUCUAUGUAAAGUUAAGUCAUCGGAGUGCAAGUCCAUACUCUUUGCUGAAUAAACUCUGCUUACUGGUGCCUUAACAAGACUCAAACUAUACACAGACUGUUAAAAUCCAAAAAUACAUCUAGAGCCCUAAUGUAUGGAUCAAAUGUGGUAUUUAUUUUAAAAGUAAAAUUCUCAUUAUGUAAUCCACAUUUUCUAAGGGAGAAAAAGACCUUUACAUUUGAUCUUUCAUGUUUUUCACGUUUUAUUUCAUUCUCUCAUCCUAUAAUUGCAAGAUAUGGUAACUUGAAGCAAAAUUUUAUCAUUGUAUUAUGCCACCUUUAUGCUAGUAAAGCCCAGGGAUAGAGACUAGUGUGGGGGGCCAUUUGCCUGCUCUUCUGAUGUAGAAAGAGAGAGAGAAAGAUCUGCCAGGCAGGAUCACAGCAGAUCAGGACCUGUGUGCAGAUUUCCUGGCCUUCUGAGGCAUGGAAGGAUAGGAGGAGGUGCAUCUGAUGGUCAAGGCGAGAGGCUGAACAUUGGAUUGAAUGUGGUGGAAGGAACAGAGAGGCCUUUGUUUAAGAACAGAUAUCUGGUGUGUAUUUCUGCAUUUGUUUCUGUUUCCUUGUAACUUUGCUUCCCAUGGUACUGUGAAGUAUAAAAAGGUGGUGAAAAAUAAACUCAAUGCUGCUGCCUGCUGCCUGCUGCCUGCUGCCUGCUGCCUGCUGCCUGCUGCCUGCUGCCUGCUGCCUGCUGCCUGCUGCCUGCUGCCUGCUGCCUGCUGCCUGCUGCCUGCUGCCUGCUGCCUGCUGCCUGCUGCCUGCUGCCUGCUGCCUGCUGCCUGCUGCCUGCUGCCUGCUGCCUGCUGCCUGCUGCCUGCUGCCUGCUGCCUGCUGCCUGCUGCCUGCUGCCUGCUGCCUGCUGCCUGCUGCCUGCUGCGGUGUUGACCUGCAGUCCUCCCAAGUCUGUUUCUUGGCUCUGCAUCUUUUUUCUGCCUUUUCCAUCUUUAAUCCUCUCUCCCCGCUCUCAGAGACUGUUUGACUCUCAGCACCACCUAGGAGUUGCUGCUGCUUGAUCUGUGUUGUAUGUAUGUUAAGCCCUAUGCAGACAGACAGACAGACAGGCUGGUUAUGAAUGGAGACUCUGUAAUGUUUGGAACCUGAUCAGGAAUACAGCCCUCUCUUUACAUCUCAUGUUGACUUCCCACCAAUGUCCUGCUAAUCUUUAGUUUUGCCUGACUCUUUGAAAAAUAUAUCUCUGAGGCACAUUGAUGGGAAAUGCAAGAGUUCUUAAUAUAUCUGCUCUGUCUGUUGCUCUAGCCUUCCUCUAGGACUGGCUUCCAUCUAAGUGGAAUAUAAACAUUUACCUCCCAAUUACUGUAAGAAUAUGUGCAACUAUUAACAAGUGACAGUGUUUCUGCCUCAGGUCAGACAUUAUUUGCAUUUCUUCCCCAUAGAAAGUGAAUUUUGCAACUCUCUAAUUCCCCUGAAAUAUUUGAUGUUAAUUGUAUUGGCUAAAAUUCCUACUAGAUCGUAUCCUGUCAGGUCCACUGACCUCCGCCCACACCGUCUCACAGGAGAUUGUACUCAAGAGAGCAGAUACUUGCCCAUGCAGAAUGGAGAAAGCCAGUGCUGGGCAGCAUGUAGUGAUCCUUGCAGUUAAUUCUCUAUUGCAAGCAUAGAUUUCUCUCACAGAAAAUUGUUUUUGUCUUUUCUCUGCUCUGGGCUCUCAUCAUUCUCUACAUUGCUGGUUCUCCCACGUACUUGGUGACCCUAUGGUUAAAAGAGUGCAAUCGUUUUUUUCUCACUUACUUGUAAAGACAGGAGGACCUUUCUCUACUGGCUGUAAAGAAGCUCUCAAGACAUUUCGAUUUCUUUUCCCUUGAGAAACUUCUAUUCACCAAAGUGCUUCAUUCUGCUGGUGCUUUGGCUUCUUCCUCACUGCUGAACUCUGCUCAUGAGACAAAAGACUAUUUUCUCUGCAGUUGUUUCUUUAAAGAAGAUAUAUAUCAGUUGUCCUAUAAAGUCUUGUGACAAUAGCUAUUCCCUCCUCCCAAUGGUGAAAGCACCUUGCAUUUCAGACACAAGACUCGGGAUUGCAACUGGAUCUGGCAUGAAGAUCUGCAGAAGGACGGGUUGUCCAUAGUGGUUGGAGGUGCCUUGCCAGGUUCCAAAGGGAGAGAAGCAAUAAAUAGUCUCUCAUGGCAGUGGGCCACAGCAAUGUCCUGUAUGGGAUUAUAUCCCUAAAGAUGCCACAGUGCCGCUCAAUAUCUUGACAUUAGUAGAAGCUAUCCAAUGGGACUUAAAGCCUCACCAGUAGAAGUUACAUCAUUCUUGGAAGCUGCUACAGGAAAUGCUGUCCUUCUGGGAUGUGGCCAUUGAUUUCUCUCCAGAAGAGUGGGAGUGCCUGGAGCCUGUUCAGUGGAAUCUAUACAGGGACGUGAUGUUGGAGAAUUACAGCAACCUUGUGUUCCUGGGUCUAACUUUCUCUAAGCCAUUCUUGGUGACAUUCCUGGAGCAGAGACAAGGGCCUUGGGAUAUGCAGAGACAAGCAGCAGCCCCUGUGCACCCAGGAAGAGCACUCAGUGAUCCUGACUAUUACAGCAAUGCAACUCAGUGUAAAUCACUUUUUGUUAAAAAACAAAGAAUUUAUAUAGGGGGGAAACCCUACAAGUGUGAAGAAUGUGGUAAGGCCCUUAGUUCUCAUAAAACACUGUCUAUACACCAGAGACUUCAUACUGGAGACAAACCCUACAAGUGUAAAGAGUGUCACAAGUCCUUUAGUAGUCGCUCAUCACUGUUUAUACACCAGAAAAACCAUACUGAUGAAAAAAACUUCAAGUGUGAAGAAUGUGGCAGAUCAUUUUACUAUCCUUCAAUGCUGAAGCAACAUCAAAGAAUUCAUUCUGGAGAGAAACUCUACAAGUGUGGAGAAUGUGGAAAAGCAUUUUAUGAUCCUUCCUUCCUGAAGCAGCAUCAAAGAAUUUUCUGUGUAGAGAAACACUCUAAAUAUGAAGAAUGUGGCAAAGUAUUUUCUUCUGCUUUAACCCUUAACCAACAUAAAGAAAUCCAUACUGGAGAGAAACCCUUCCAGUGCGGAAAAUGUCACAAAGCCUUUCGUCAUCCCUCAGCCCUCAGGAUACAUAUGACAGUCCAUACUGGAGAGAAACCUUACAAGUGCGAAGAGUGUGGCAGAUGUUAUUUCUCAUCUUUAUCCCUUAGACGACAUCAAAUAAUUCACUCUGAAGACAACUCCAACAAGUGUGAAGAAUGUGGCAGAUGUUUUUCCUCAUCUUCUUGCCUUAGAAGACAUCAAACAAUUCAUUCUGAAGACAAGACCUAUAAGUGUGAUGAGUGUGGCAGAUAUUAUUCCUCAUCUUUUUCCCUUAGACGACAUCAAGUAAUCCAUUCUGAAGAUAAUCCCUAUAAAUGUGAAGAAUGUGACAAAAGGUUUACUUAUUCUGCAAGUCUUCAGGAACAUCAAACAAUCCAUACUGGAGAGAAACCAUACAAGUGUGAAAAUUGUCACAAAGCCUUUCGUCAUCACUCAUCCCUUAGGAAACAUAAGAUAGUCCAUACUGGAGAGAAACCUUACAAGUGUGAAGAGUGUGGCAGAUGUUUUUCCAGAUAUUCCUACCUUAGAAGACAUCAAGAAAUUCACUCUGAAGGCAAUCCACAGACGUGUGUGGAAUGUGGCAAAACCUUUCUUAAUGUUUAUCGUCUUACUCGACACAUAAAAGUUCAUACUAGAGAGAAAUCCUACUAAGGUCUUAAAAAAGUGUAUCCUUAUUCCAAAUAAUUCAUACUGAAUAAAUCUCUGUGACUGUAUGGAGUGUGGUAAAUAUCUUUUCUGAUCCUCAGACCUUAUCCAGCUCAAAUCAAUCCAUACAGUAAACUAUUAAGUGAAUUAGUUUGGAAUGUCAACACAAACGUCUUACUUUCACCAGCACAAAUGAUAAGAAGGUUACCAGAGAACAAUAGAGACAUUGCUGUAACCUUCCAACCAGGGGAUUCAAUAGUGUGCUUGAAUAUUGCAUGGGUUUAUGAGUUUCUUUUGUACCUAUAGAUAUAAAACGAAACUUACUUUUUUAUAAUGUGGGUCUAAGAUCUGGGCCCUAGUAUAGUUACUGUUGUUUUUCCCAAUAGGGUCACCCAAGCUCCUCUAAUGAUGUUUCUCCGAGCAUGUAGAAAGCUCUAUAAAGGGGUUGGGGACUUAGCUCAGUGGUAGAGCGCUUGCCUAGGAAGCGCAAGGCCCUGGGUUCGGUCCCCAGCUCCGAAAAAAAGAACCAAAAAAAAAAAAAAAAAAAAAGAAA